UUCUCUUGUCAAACUUCACCAUUCAUCUUAGCAGACUACAAAAAGACAUGGGAAAGACCAAAAACACAUCGCUGGACACUGUGGUGACAGAUUUCAUUCUCCUGGGCAUGUCUAACCCCCCGAAUCUAAGAAGCCUCCUCUUCCUGGUCUUCUCCAUCAUUUACAUCCUCACGCAGCUGGGGAACCUGCUCAUUCUGCUCACCGUGUGGGCUGACCCGAAGCUCCAUGCUCGCUUACAUGUGCAUUCUUCUGAGGUGCUCUCAUUCCUGGACAUGUGGCUCUCCUCAGUCAUCGUUCCUCAGGUGGCCCCAAACUUCCUCCUGCCACCAGCAAGGCUAUCCACGUUUGGUGGCUGUGUGGCUCAGCUGUAUUUCUUUCACUUCCUGGGCAGCACCCAGUGCUCCUCUACCUUGAUGACAUAUGACAGGUACCUGGCAAUAUGUCCAAGCCCUAUAUUACCAGUGCUCAUGAAUGGGAGGUUAUGCACAGUCCUUGUGGCUGGAGCUUGGGUCGCUGGCUCCAUUCAUGGGUCUAUCCAGGCCACCCUGACCUUUCAUACUAACCUAUUGGCCAGGCCCAAUCAGGCUGUGCUGUCUGCUGACAUCCCUGCAGUGAGACUGGCGCAAUUGUCCUUUAUCAAUGAGCUUGUGACCUUUGUGGACAGCCAAUUAGUGGCCGCCAGUUGCUUCAUGUUAAUUCUGCUUUCCUAUGCCAACAUAGUCCAUGCCAUCCUGAAGAUCCAUACUGCUGAUGGGGAGGCGCGGGCCUUCUCCACCUGUGGCUCCCACUAACUUUGUGGUCACAGUCUGCUAUAUUCCUGUAUUUUCAUCUACCUUAGGGCUGGCUCCAGAGCCCUGGAUGAGAACAAAUUGACUGUGUUUUACCACACUGUUGUCACUCCAUUCCUGAACCCCCUCAUCUACACACUGAGGAAUCAAAAGUAGAAGUCUGCUCUGAAGAGGAUGACAGCAGGUCGGGAGGCCUGA